CCGGACUUCCAGAAGAUGGGUAAAGGUGGUGGGACACGAAUACCACUAUGGAUAUCAAUACUGGCCCUGGUCUUCAUACAGAUGAAAGUUCAAGCCCAGGGUGGUGAACAACCAACUAAGUCAGAGUAUAUUUCUCCAUCUCUCCUGCAGCGACAAAAAUCUUUGAAAUCCCAAGGAGUGACAAUCAUUCCACCUUUUCAAAACUCACUGAAAGUAAAGGCUGGCAACCCCUCUCACAAUGGCCGUGUGUGCAGCACAUGGGGUAACUUCCACUUCAAGACCUUUGAUGGGGACAUCUUUUACUUCCCUGGGGUCUGCAAUUACAUCUUUGCAUCCAACUGCAAGUCCCCCUACGAGGACUUCAACAUCCAGAUUAGGCGUGCGAUGGUGGAAAAUGCUACUGUGAUCACGCACGUCAUCAUGAAGCUGGAAGGAGUAGUGAUCGAACUGACCCCCAGCUCUGUCCUGCUUGACGACAAAUUGGUCCAGAUGCCCUACAGCCAUAUGGGAGUCUUGAUAGAGAGGAGUAACAACUACUUGAAAGUUUCUGCCAAGUUGGGACUGACCUUCCUUUGGAAUGGACACGAUGCCCUCCUGGUGGAACUAGAUAAGAAAUAUGCCAAUCAAACUUGUGGUCUUUGUGGGGAUUUCAAUGGAAUUCCAGUCAGCAAUGAAUUUAUUUCAGGGAAGACAAGACUGACUCCCAUACAGUUUGGUAAUAGGCAGAAGAUGGAUGGACCCACAGAGCAGUGUGAUGAUCCUAUUCCUCCUACUUCUCUGAUGAACUGCUCAAGAGAAUUUGCUUCUAUCUGUGAGACAGUCCUAACCAGCAAAGCAUUUACGAGUUGUAACAUGCUUGUGAAUGUCCAGGACUACAUUGAAACUUGCAUACAAGACCUGUGCCACUGUGACAGCUCUAUGGCUGACUUCUGCAUGUGCAACACCUUUGCUGAGUAUUCCCGGCAGUGUGCUCAUGCAGGUGGACAGCCCCUGAACUGGAGAACCCCAGACCUGUGCCCCAAAUCGUGUCCGUUCAACAUGCAAUACCAUGAGUGUGGCUCUCCCUGCUCUGACACGUGCAGCAACCCGGAACGAUCUGCACUUUGUGAAGAUCACUGCACAGACGGCUGUGUCUGUCCUCCAGGAAUGGUAUUUGAUGACGUUAAUGGUGCUGGCUGCAUUCCCCGCAGAGAAUGCCACUGCACCUAUGAAGGUGAAACUUAUGCUCCUGGUGCCUCCUUCUCAUCUAAAUGCAGAUCAUGUACCUGUGUUGGAGGUGAAUGGUCUUGUGUCACUCAGUCAUGCCCUGGGACUUGCAGUAUUGAAGGAGGUUCCCACAUUUCAACAUUUGAUGAGAAAUACUAUUCCUUCUUUGGAGACUGUAGUUAUGUCCUAACCAAGCUCUGUGACAGCAAUGAAUUCACAGUGCUGGGGGAUAUCCACAAGUGUGGCCUGACUGACACUGAGACGUGCCUCAAGGGUGUAGCCAUCAGCCUAAACGGAGGACAAACGAACAUCGUGAUCCAGCCUUCCGGGAGUGUAUUUGUGAAUAUGAUCUACACACAGUUACCGUUCUCAGCAGCAAACGUCACCAUCUUCAGGCCUUCAUCUUUCUUCAUAAUACUGCAAACAACUUUUGGCCUUCAGCUGCAGGUUCAACUUGUGCCUUCAAUGCAAGUUUUUAUAGACCUAGACCCGUCACAUAAAGGGCAGACCUGUGGUCUCUGUGGAAACUUCAAUGAUGUACAGACAGAUGAUUUCAAAACCACCAGUGGUGUGAUAGAGGGCACUUCAGCUGCCUUUGGCAAUACUUGGAAAACUCGGGCUGAUUGUCCUGAUGCCAAAAACACCUUUGAGGACCCCUGUACUGUCAGCAUACAAAAUGACCAGUAUGCUCAGCACUGGUGUGGACUGCUCUCUGAUACCACGGGACCUUUUGCUAAAUGUCACUCAACAGUGAAUCCAGAAGUUUACCAGAAGAUCUGUAUGUUUGACACGUGUAACUGUGAGAAGAGUGAGGACUGCAUGUGUGCUGCCCUUUCCAGCUACGUCAGAGCCUGUGCUGCUAAAGGAGUUCUUCUCACUGGAUGGCGGAGCAAAGCCUGCACAAAAUACACCACCUUGUGUCCGAAGUCCCUGAAGUACACCUACAAUGUGGAUUCCUGUCAACCCACCUGCCGCUCUCUGAGCGAGCCUGAUGUCACAUGCAACAUUAAGUUUGUCCCAGUCGAUGGCUGCACCUGCGUAAAUGGAACCUACAUGGACGACAGUGGCAAAUGUGUGCCUGCUUCUAGCUGUCCUUGUUACUACAAAGGAAUGCCCCUGUCUUCUGGAGAAGUUGUUCAUGACAACGGUGUUGUCUGCACUUGCACCUAUGGAAAGCUGAGCUGCAUUGGAGAGAAGCCUGAACCAGUCUGUGUGCCUCCCAUGGUUUAUGUUGACUGUGGCAAUGUCACUGCAAAUGUGGUAGGAGCAGGUUGCCAGAAGAGUUGUCAGACUCUAGAUAUGGAAUGUUACAAAACCCACUGUGUCUCUGGCUGCGUGUGUCCUCAUGAUCAAGUGUUGGAUGGUAAAGGUGGCUGUAUAGCUCCAGAAGACUGUCCAUGUAUUCACAAUGGGAAUUCCUACAGUCCAGGAGAAUCAAUUAGAGUUGGCUGUAACAACUGCACAUGUAGAAACAGAAAAUGGCAAUGCUCUGAGGAACCCUGCCUGGAAACGUGUUCCGUUUAUGGAGAUGGACAUUAUACCACCUUUGAUGGCAAACGCUUUGAUUUUGAAGGAGACUGUGAAUAUGUUCUGGUCCAGAACUACUGUGGCCAACAAGCUAUGAAUCAGGGAACCUUCAGAGUCAUCACUGAGAACAUUCCAUGUGGCACUACAGGAACUACCUGCUCUAAGUCUAUUAAAGUUUUCCUGGGUAACUAUGAGCUGGUACUCAGUGAUGGACACUCUGAUGUGAUCCAGAGGACACCUGGAGGAAAAAUGCCAUUCCAAAUCCGUUCCAUGGGCAUCUACAUGGUGGUUGAUACUACUGUUGGUCUGAUACUCAUGUGGGACAAGAAAACCAGUAUAUUCAUCAAACUUAGUCCCAGCUUUCAGGGCCAUGUCUGUGGACUCUGUGGAAACUAUGAUGGCAAUGGAAAUAAUGACUUCACCACUCGCAGCCAGUCUGUGGUAGGAAACGUGCUGGAGUUUGCCAAUAGCUGGAAAGUGUCUUCUAGUUGCCCAAAUGCCAAUCGUACGCAGGAUCCAUGCACUGCAAACCCAUACAGGAAAGCCUGGGCACAGAAGCAAUGCAGCAUCAUUACCAGUGAAGUGUUUGCAAAGUGUCACUCACAGGUUGAACCAAAUGAAUAUUACCAAGCAUGUGUGGAUGAUGCUUGUGCCUGUGACACUGGAGGAGACUGUGAAUGUUUCUGCACAGCAGUAGCUGCCUAUGCUCAAGCAUGUAAUGAGCUGGACAUCUGCAUAUCAUGGAGGACCCCAUCCAUUUGUCCUCUGUUCUGUGAUUACUAUAAUCCACAAGGGGAAUGUGAGUGGCACUACAAGCCAUGUGGAGCACCUUGUAUGAAGACCUGCAACAAUCCAAGUGGAAAAUGCCUUCAUGAGAUGAGGGGUUUAGAAGGCUGCUAUCCACAAUGUCCAAAGAAUAAGCCCUAUUUUGAUGAGGAAACCAUGACCUGUGUUUCUAACUGUGGUUGUUAUGAAGACAGAAAAAAUUACAAACCAGGAAUGGAGAUGCCGUCAAAUCAGAAUUGUGAAUCAUGCGAAUGCACAAUUCAUGGCAAAAAAUGCAGAUAUGAUGAACAUGAAUGUGUCUGCACUUAUGAGGGGCAGAAAUACAACUACAAGGAUGUGGUCUACAACACUACAGAUGGCACAGGAUGGUGUAUUGUUGCAACCUGUGGUCCCAAUGGAACACUUGAAAGGUCUAUCUAUGAAUGCCCAAGCUCAACAUCACCCACAACAGCAACGACAUUUCACUUCAGCUCUACACCACCUACCACUACUUCCACAGUGUCACCAACUACAUCAGUAUGUGUUCAUGAAGUCUGUGAGUGGUCAGAAUGGUAUGAUGGGAGUCUACAAACCCCUGGUUAUGACGGAGGAGAUUUUGAAACUUUUGAUGAAUUACGAGCAAAAGGCUAUGCAGUCUGUAAGGCCCCAAGGGCUGUUGAGUGCAGAGCAGAAAAGUUCCCUGAUAUACCACUGAAAGACCUUGGCCAAAAAGUAGAAUGCAGUACAACACAAGGGCUUAUAUGUUACAACAAGGAUCAAAUUUCAACAAUGUGCAACAACUAUGAAAUCAGAAUUUACUGCUGUGUUUUUGUACCAUGCUCUUCCACGACGCCUUUCAGCACAUCAACCCCAGUCACAACUACAACUCCGACAGAAACAUCUACGGAAACACCGUAUUCAGUUACUACAACUUCUGAAAGUACAACAUUCACACCUUCAACUCCUGAAGAAACAACUACUGCUACAAUGACGACACCUGUAACCACAUCACAUUCAACGAUUCCUCUUUGUUUCAAAGAAAAAUGUUACUGGUCAAGAUGGUAUGAUGUCAGUUACCCAGGGUCAGGUUACAAUGAUGGAGAUUUUGAUACCAUUCAGAACAUCAAAGAUAAAGGAUACAAAGUCUGCGACAAUAGAAAGGAUGUGGAAUGUAGAGCAGUGCGGUUUCCUAAUACACCAUAUCCUCUACUAGAGCAACACAUAACGUGUAACACGGAAGAAGGGUUGAAAUGUUACAAUAAAGAUCAACUGCCACCAAUCUGCUAUAACUAUGAGUUAAGAUUUAAAUGCUGCAUAAAUAUCCCUGUACCAUGUGAAACAACCCCUGAAAGCCAUACUAUAACAACAAAAAAAACGGAGUAUUACUCAAGUACAACAUUGGGAACGACUCCACACUUACAAACUAAACACAAGCUGACAACGGAAUCUACAGUUCCACCAAAAACCGAUUACAUACAUACCAGAACAACGCCAAAACCAACUACGAGACCAAAACCACAACCAACCUACACAACACUCAGAAGCACCACAACGGCAAAAACUACAACAUAUACAACUUCGACCACCACCUGUCAACCCGAAGUGUGCGCCUGGAGCGAAUGGUUUGACGUGGACUUCCCCUCCUCGGGGCCCAACCAGGGAGACUUUGAGACCUACCAGCACAUCCGCGCCGCCGGCAAGCGAGUCUGCCGGCAGCCAAAGCAGAUCGAGUGCCGGGCGGAGGACUACCCCGACGUACCCAUCCAGCAGGUGGGACAGGUCGUGCAGUGCGACGUCCACUUUGGACUGGUGUGCAAGAACGAGGACCAGACGGGCAAAUUCAAGAUGUGCCUCAACUACAAGAUCCGCGUGCUCUGCUGCACCCCCAACUACAACUGCUCUAUCCCGAUCCCCUCGACCACCAGCCCUACCACCAGCACCCCGAUCACAACCACGCCGUCCUCCACCCCCGUCACCACCUCCACCUCCGUGCCCAUCACCGUCAGCACCACCAGUCCCACCUCCACAGAAAUCACCACAACCACCAGCCCCGCGCCGACCACGUCUACCACUUCCCCCUCCACCACCUCCACCACCACCUGUCAACCCGAAGUGUGCGCCUGGAGCGAAUGGUUUGACGUGGACUUCCCCUCCUCGGGGCCCAACCAGGGAGACUUUGAGACCUACCAGCACAUCCGCGCCGCCGGCAAGCGAGUCUGCCGGCAGCCAAAGCAGAUCGAGUGCCGGGCGGAGGACUACCCCGACGUACCCAUCCAGCAGGUGGGACAGGUCGUGCAGUGCGACGUCCACUUUGGACUGGUGUGCAAGAACGAGGACCAGACGGGCAAAUUCAAGAUGUGCCUCAACUACAAGAUCCGCGUGCUCUGCUGCACCCCCAACUACAACUGCUCUAUCCCGAUCCCCUCGACCACCAGCCCUACCACCAGCACCCCGAUCACAACCACGCCGUCCUCCACCCCCGUCACCACCUCCACCUCCGUGCCCAUCACCGUCAGCACCACCAGUCCCACCUCCACAGAAAUCACCACAACCACCAGCCCCGCGCCGACCACGUCUACCACUUCCCCCUCCACCACCUCCACCACCACCUGUCAACCCGAAGUGUGCGCCUGGAGCGAAUGGUUUGACGUGGACUUCCCCUCCUCGGGGCCCAACCAGGGAGACUUUGAGACCUACCAGCACAUCCGCGCCGCCGGCAAGCGAGUCUGCCGGCAGCCAAAGCAGAUCGAGUGCCGGGCGGAGGACUACCCCGACGUACCCAUCCAGCAGGUGGGACAGGUCGUGCAGUGCGACGUCCACUUUGGACUGGUGUGCAAGAACGAGGACCAGACGGGCAAAUUCAAGAUGUGCCUCAACUACAAGAUCCGCGUGCUCUGCUGCACCCCCAACUACAACUGCUCUAUCCCGAUCCCCUCGACCACCAGCCCUACCACCAGCACCCCGAUCACAACCACGCCGUCCUCCACCCCCGUCACCACCUCCACCUCCGUGCCCAUCACCGUCAGCACCACCAGUCCCACCUCCACAGAAAUCACCACAACCACCAGCCCCGCGCCGACCACGUCUACCACUUCCCCCUCCACCACCUCCACCACCACCUGUCAACCCGAAGUGUGCGCCUGGAGCGAAUGGUUUGACGUGGACUUCCCCUCCUCGGGGCCCAACCAGGGAGACUUUGAGACCUACCAGCACAUCCGCGCCGCCGGCAAGCGAGUCUGCCGGCAGCCAAAGCAGAUCGAGUGCCGGGCGGAGGACUACCCCGACGUACCCAUCCAGCAGGUGGGACAGGUCGUGCAGUGCGACGUCCACUUUGGACUGGUGUGCAAGAACGAGGACCAGACGGGCAAAUUCAAGAUGUGCCUCAACUACAAGAUCCGCGUGCUCUGCUGCACCCCCAACUACAACUGCUCUAUCCCGAUCCCCUCGACCACCAGCCCUACCACCAGCACCCCGAUCACAACCACGCCGUCCUCCACCCCCGUCACCACCUCCACCUCCGUGCCCAUCACCGUCAGCACCACCAGUCCCACCUCCACAGAAAUCACCACAACCACCAGCCCCGCGCCGACCACGUCUACCACUUCCCCCUCCACCACCUCCACCACCACCUGUCAACCCGAAGUGUGCGCCUGGAGCGAAUGGUUUGACGUGGACUUCCCCUCCUCGGGGCCCAACCAGGGAGACUUUGAGACCUACCAGCACAUCCGCGCCGCCGGCAAGCGAGUCUGCCGGCAGCCAAAGCAGAUCGAGUGCCGGGCGGAGGACUACCCCGACGUACCCAUCCAGCAGGUGGGACAGGUCGUGCAGUGCGACGUCCACUUUGGACUGGUGUGCAAGAACGAGGACCAGACGGGCAAAUUCAAGAUGUGCCUCAACUACAAGAUCCGCGUGCUCUGCUGCACCCCCAACUACAACUGCUCUAUCCCGAUCCCCUCGACCACCAGCCCUACCACCAGCACCCCGAUCACAACCACGCCGUCCUCCACCCCCGUCACCACCUCCACCUCCGUGCCCAUCACCGUCAGCACCACCAGUCCCACCUCCACAGAAAUCACCACAACCACCAGCCCCGCGCCGACCACGUCUACCACUUCCCCCUCCACCACCUCCACCACCACCUGUCAACCCGAAGUGUGCGCCUGGAGCGAAUGGUUUGACGUGGACUUCCCCUCCUCGGGGCCCAACCAGGGAGACUUUGAGACCUACCAGCACAUCCGCGCCGCCGGCAAGCGAGUCUGCCGGCAGCCAAAGCAGAUCGAGUGCCGGGCGGAGGACUACCCCGACGUACCCAUCCAGCAGGUGGGACAGGUCGUGCAGUGCGACGUCCACUUUGGACUGGUGUGCAAGAACGAGGACCAGACGGGCAAAUUCAAGAUGUGCCUCAACUACAAGAUCCGCGUGCUCUGCUGCACCCCCAACUACAACUGCUCUAUCCCGAUCCCCUCGACCACCAGCCCUACCACCAGCACCCCGAUCACAACCACGCCGUCCUCCACCCCCGUCACCACCUCCACCUCCGUGCCCAUCACCGUCAGCACCACCAGUCCCACCUCCACAGAAAUCACCACAACCACCAGCCCCGCGCCGACCACGUCUACCACUUCCCCCUCCACCACCUCCACCACCACCUGUCAACCCGAAGUGUGCGCCUGGAGCGAAUGGUUUGACGUGGACUUCCCCUCCUCGGGGCCCAACCAGGGAGACUUUGAGACCUACCAGCACAUCCGCGCCGCCGGCAAGCGAGUCUGCCGGCAGCCAAAGCAGAUCGAGUGCCGGGCGGAGGACUACCCCGACGUACCCAUCCAGCAGGUGGGACAGGUCGUGCAGUGCGACGUCCACUUUGGACUGGUGUGCAAGAACGAGGACCAGACGGGCAAAUUCAAGAUGUGCCUCAACUACAAGAUCCGCGUGCUCUGCUGCACCCCCAACUACAACUGCUCUAUCCCGAUCCCCUCGACCACCAGCCCUACCACCAGCACCCCGAUCACAACCACGCCGUCCUCCACCCCCGUCACCACCUCCACCUCCGUGCCCAUCACCGUCAGCACCACCAGUCCCACCUCCACAGAAAUCACCACAACCACCAGCCCCGCGCCGACCACGUCUACCACUUCCCCCUCCACCACCUCCACCACCACCUGUCAACCCGAAGUGUGCGCCUGGAGCGAAUGGUUUGACGUGGACUUCCCCUCCUCGGGGCCCAACCAGGGAGACUUUGAGACCUACCAGCACAUCCGCGCCGCCGGCAAGCGAGUCUGCCGGCAGCCAAAGCAGAUCGAGUGCCGGGCGGAGGACUACCCCGACGUACCCAUCCAGCAGGUGGGACAGGUCGUGCAGUGCGACGUCCACUUUGGACUGGUGUGCAAGAACGAGGACCAGACGGGCAAAUUCAAGAUGUGCCUCAACUACAAGAUCCGCGUGCUCUGCUGCACCCCCAACUACAACUGCUCUAUCCCGAUCCCCUCGACCACCAGCCCUACCACCAGCACCCCGAUCACAACCACGCCGUCCUCCACCCCCGUCACCACCUCCACCUCCGUGCCCAUCACCGUCAGCACCACCAGUCCCACCUCCACAGAAAUCACCACAACCACCAGCCCCGCGCCGACCACGUCUACCACUUCCCCCUCCACCACCUCCACCACCACCUGUCAACCCGAAGUGUGCGCCUGGAGCGAAUGGUUUGACGUGGACUUCCCCUCCUCGGGGCCCAACCAGGGAGACUUUGAGACCUACCAGCACAUCCGCGCCGCCGGCAAGCGAGUCUGCCGGCAGCCAAAGCAGAUCGAGUGCCGGGCGGAGGACUACCCCGACGUACCCAUCCAGCAGGUGGGACAGGUCGUGCAGUGCGACGUCCACUUUGGACUGGUGUGCAAGAACGAGGACCAGACGGGCAAAUUCAAGAUGUGCCUCAACUACAAGAUCCGCGUGCUCUGCUGCACCCCCAACUACAACUGCUCUAUCCCGAUCCCCUCGACCACCAGCCCUACCACCAGCACCCCGAUCACAACCACGCCGUCCUCCACCCCCGUCACCACCUCCACCUCCGUGCCCAUCACCGUCAGCACCACCAGUCCCACCUCCACAGAAAUCACCACAACCACCAGCCCCGCGCCGACCACGUCUACCACUUCCCCCUCCACCACCUCCACCACCACCUGUCAACCCGAAGUGUGCGCCUGGAGCGAAUGGUUUGACGUGGACUUCCCCUCCUCGGGGCCCAACCAGGGAGACUUUGAGACCUACCAGCACAUCCGCGCCGCCGGCAAGCGAGUCUGCCGGCAGCCAAAGCAGAUCGAGUGCCGGGCGGAGGACUACCCCGACGUACCCAUCCAGCAGGUGGGACAGGUCGUGCAGUGCGACGUCCACUUUGGACUGGUGUGCAAGAACGAGGACCAGACGGGCAAAUUCAAGAUGUGCCUCAACUACAAGAUCCGCGUGCUCUGCUGCACCCCCAACUACAACUGCUCUAUCCCGAUCCCCUCGACCACCAGCCCUACCACCAGCACCCCGAUCACAACCACGCCGUCCUCCACCCCCGUCACCACCUCCACCUCCGUGCCCAUCACCGUCAGCACCACCAGUCCCACCUCCACAGAAAUCACCACAACCACCAGCCCCGCGCCGACCACGUCUACCACUUCCCCCUCCACCACCUCCACCACCACCUGUCAACCCGAAGUGUGCGCCUGGAGCGAAUGGUUUGACGUGGACUUCCCCUCCUCGGGGCCCAACCAGGGAGACUUUGAGACCUACCAGCACAUCCGCGCCGCCGGCAAGCGAGUCUGCCGGCAGCCAAAGCAGAUCGAGUGCCGGGCGGAGGACUACCCCGACGUACCCAUCCAGCAGGUGGGACAGGUCGUGCAGUGCGACGUCCACUUUGGACUGGUGUGCAAGAACGAGGACCAGACGGGCAAAUUCAAGAUGUGCCUCAACUACAAGAUCCGCGUGCUCUGCUGCACCCCCAACUACAACUGCUCUAUCCCGAUCCCCUCGACCACCAGCCCUACCACCAGCACCCCGAUCACAACCACGCCGUCCUCCACCCCCGUCACCACCUCCACCUCCGUGCCCAUCACCGUCAGCACCACCAGUCCCACCUCCACAGAAAUCACCACAACCACCAGCCCCGCGCCGACCACGUCUACCACUUCCCCCUCCACCACCUCCACCACCACCUGUCAACCCGAAGUGUGCGCCUGGAGCGAAUGGUUUGACGUGGACUUCCCCUCCUCGGGGCCCAACCAGGGAGACUUUGAGACCUACCAGCACAUCCGCGCCGCCGGCAAGCGAGUCUGCCGGCAGCCAAAGCAGAUCGAGUGCCGGGCGGAGGACUACCCCGACGUACCCAUCCAGCAGGUGGGACAGGUCGUGCAGUGCGACGUCCACUUUGGACUGGUGUGCAAGAACGAGGACCAGACGGGCAAAUUCAAGAUGUGCCUCAACUACAAGAUCCGCGUGCUCUGCUGCACCCCCAACUACAACUGCUCUAUCCCGAUCCCCUCGACCACCAGCCCUACCACCAGCACCCCGAUCACAACCACGCCGUCCUCCACCCCCGUCACCACCUCCACCUCCGUGCCCAUCACCGUCAGCACCACCAGUCCCACCUCCACAGAAAUCACCACAACCACCAGCCCCGCGCCGACCACGUCUACCACUUCCCCCUCCACCACCUCCACCACCACCUGUCAACCCGAAGUGUGCGCCUGGAGCGAAUGGUUUGACGUGGACUUCCCCUCCUCGGGGCCCAACCAGGGAGACUUUGAGACCUACCAGCACAUCCGCGCCGCCGGCAAGCGAGUCUGCCGGCAGCCAAAGCAGAUCGAGUGCCGGGCGGAGGACUACCCCGACGUACCCAUCCAGCAGGUGGGACAGGUCGUGCAGUGCGACGUCCACUUUGGACUGGUGUGCAAGAACGAGGACCAGACGGGCAAAUUCAAGAUGUGCCUCAACUACAAGAUCCGCGUGCUCUGCUGCACCCCCAACUACAACUGCUCUAUCCCGAUCCCCUCGACCACCAGCCCUACCACCAGCACCCCGAUCACAACCACGCCGUCCUCCACCCCCGUCACCACCUCCACCUCCGUGCCCAUCACCGUCAGCACCACCAGUCCCACCUCCACAGAAAUCACCACAACCACCAGCCCCGCGCCGACCACGUCUACCACUUCCCCCUCCACCACCUCCACCACCACCUGUCAACCCGAAGUGUGCGCCUGGAGCGAAUGGUUUGACGUGGACUUCCCCUCCUCGGGGCCCAACCAGGGAGACUUUGAGACCUACCAGCACAUCCGCGCCGCCGGCAAGCGAGUCUGCCGGCAGCCAAAGCAGAUCGAGUGCCGGGCGGAGGACUACCCCGACGUACCCAUCCAGCAGGUGGGACAGGUCGUGCAGUGCGACGUCCACUUUGGACUGGUGUGCAAGAACGAGGACCAGACGGGCAAAUUCAAGAUGUGCCUCAACUACAAGAUCCGCGUGCUCUGCUGCACCCCCAACUACAACUGCUCUAUCCCGAUCCCCUCGACCACCAGCCCUACCACCAGCACCCCGAUCACAACCACGCCGUCCUCCACCCCCGUCACCACCUCCACCUCCGUGCCCAUCACCGUCAGCACCACCAGUCCCACCUCCACAGAAAUCACCACAACCACCAGCCCCGCGCCGACCACGUCUACCACUUCCCCCUCCACCACCUCCACCACCACCUGUCAACCCGAAGUGUGCGCCUGGAGCGAAUGGUUUGACGUGGACUUCCCCUCCUCGGGGCCCAACCAGGGAGACUUUGAGACCUACCAGCACAUCCGCGCCGCCGGCAAGCGAGUCUGCCGGCAGCCAAAGCAGAUCGAGUGCCGGGCGGAGGACUACCCCGACGUACCCAUCCAGCAGGUGGGACAGGUCGUGCAGUGCGACGUCCACUUUGGACUGGUGUGCAAGAACGAGGACCAGACGGGCAAAUUCAAGAUGUGCCUCAACUACAAGAUCCGCGUGCUCUGCUGCACCCCCAACUACAACUGCUCUAUCCCGAUCCCCUCGACCACCAGCCCUACCACCAGCACCCCGAUCACAACCACGCCGUCCUCCACCCCCGUCACCACCUCCACCUCCGUGCCCAUCACCGUCAGCACCACCAGUCCCACCUCCACAGAAAUCACCACAACCACCAGCCCCGCGCCGACCACGUCUACCACUUCCCCCUCCACCACCUCCACCACCACCUGUCAACCCGAAGUGUGCGCCUGGAGCGAAUGGUUUGACGUGGACUUCCCCUCCUCGGGGCCCAACCAGGGAGACUUUGAGACCUACCAGCACAUCCGCGCCGCCGGCAAGCGAGUCUGCCGGCAGCCAAAGCAGAUCGAGUGCCGGGCGGAGGACUACCCCGACGUACCCAUCCAGCAGGUGGGACAGGUCGUGCAGUGCGACGUCCACUUUGGACUGGUGUGCAAGAACGAGGACCAGACGGGCAAAUUCAAGAUGUGCCUCAACUACAAGAUCCGCGUGCUCUGCUGCACCCCCAACUACAACUGCUCUAUCCCGAUCCCCUCGACCACCAGCCCUACCACCAGCACCCCGAUCACAACCACGCCGUCCUCCACCCCCGUCACCACCUCCACCUCCGUGCCCAUCACCGUCAGCACCACCAGUCCCACCUCCACAGAAAUCACCACAACCACCAGCCCCGCGCCGACCACGUCUACCACUUCCCCCUCCACCACCUCCACCACCACCUGUCAACCCGAAGUGUGCGCCUGGAGCGAAUGGUUUGACGUGGACUUCCCCUCCUCGGGGCCCAACCAGGGAGACUUUGAGACCUACCAGCACAUCCGCGCCGCCGGCAAGCGAGUCUGCCGGCAGCCAAAGCAGAUCGAGUGCCGGGCGGAGGACUACCCCGACGUACCCAUCCAGCAGGUGGGACAGGUCGUGCAGUGCGACGUCCACUUUGGACUGGUGUGCAAGAACGAGGACCAGACGGGCAAAUUCAAGAUGUGCCUCAACUACAAGAUCCGCGUGCUCUGCUGCACCCCCAACUACAACUGCUCUAUCCCGAUCCCCUCGACCACCAGCCCUACCACCAGCACCCCGAUCACAACCACGCCGUCCUCCACCCCCGUCACCACCUCCACCUCCGUGCCCAUCACCGUCAGCACCACCAGUCCCACCUCCACAGAAAUCACCACAACCACCAGCCCCGCGCCGACCACGUCUACCACUUCCCCCUCCACCACCUCCACCACCACCUGUCAACCCGAAGUGUGCGCCUGGAGCGAAUGGUUUGACGUGGACUUCCCCUCCUCGGGGCCCAACCAGGGAGACUUUGAGACCUACCAGCACAUCCGCGCCGCCGGCAAGCGAGUCUGCCGGCAGCCAAAGCAGAUCGAGUGCCGGGCGGAGGACUACCCCGACGUACCCAUCCAGCAGGUGGGACAGGUCGUGCAGUGCGACGUCCACUUUGGACUGGUGUGCAAGAACGAGGACCAGACGGGCAAAUUCAAGAUGUGCCUCAACUACAAGAUCCGCGUGCUCUGCUGCACCCCCAACUACAACUGCUCUAUCCCGAUCCCCUCGACCACCAGCCCUACCACCAGCACCCCGAUCACAACCACGCCGUCCUCCACCCCCGUCACCACCUCCACCUCCGUGCCCAUCACCGUCAGCACCACCAGUCCCACCUCCACAGAAAUCACCACAACCACCAGCCCCGCGCCGACCACGUCUACCACUUCCCCCUCCACCACCUCCACCACCACCUGUCAACCCGAAGUGUGCGCCUGGAGCGAAUGGUUUGACGUGGACUUCCCCUCCUCGGGGCCCAACCAGGGAGACUUUGAGACCUACCAGCACAUCCGCGCCGCCGGCAAGCGAGUCUGCCGGCAGCCAAAGCAGAUCGAGUGCCGGGCGGAGGACUACCCCGACGUACCCAUCCAGCAGGUGGGACAGGUCGUGCAGUGCGACGUCCACUUUGGACUGGUGUGCAAGAACGAGGACCAGACGGGCAAAUUCAAGAUGUGCCUCAACUACAAGAUCCGCGUGCUCUGCUGCACCCCCAACUACAACUGCUCUAUCCCGAUCCCCUCGACCACCAGCCCUACCACCAGCACCCCGAUCACAACCACGCCGUCCUCCACCCCCGUCACCACCUCCACCUCCGUGCCCAUCACCGUCAGCACCACCAGUCCCACCUCCACAGAAAUCACCACAACCACCAGCCCCGCGCCGACCACGUCUACCACUUCCCCCUCCACCACCUCCACCACCACCUGUCAACCCGAAGUGUGCGCCUGGAGCGAAUGGUUUGACGUGGACUUCCCCUCCUCGGGGCCCAACCAGGGAGACUUUGAGACCUACCAGCACAUCCGCGCCGCCGGCAAGCGAGUCUGCCGGCAGCCAAAGCAGAUCGAGUGCCGGGCGGAGGACUACCCCGACGUACCCAUCCAGCAGGUGGGACAGGUCGUGCAGUGCGACGUCCACUUUGGACUGGUGUGCAAGAACGAGGACCAGACGGGCAAAUUCAAGAUGUGCCUCAACUACAAGAUCCGCGUGCUCUGCUGCACCCCCAACUACAACUGCUCUAUCCCGAUCCCCUCGACCACCAGCCCUACCACCAGCACCCCGAUCACAACCACGCCGUCCUCCACCCCCGUCACCACCUCCACCUCCGUGCCCAUCACCGUCAGCACCACCAGUCCCACCUCCACAGAAAUCACCACAACCACCAGCCCCGCGCCGACCACGUCUACCACUUCCCCCUCCACCACCUCCACCACCACCUGUCAACCCGAAGUGUGCGCCUGGAGCGAAUGGUUUGACGUGGACUUCCCCUCCUCGGGGCCCAACCAGGGAGACUUUGAGACCUACCAGCACAUCCGCGCCGCCGGCAAGCGAGUCUGCCGGCAGCCAAAGCAGAUCGAGUGCCGGGCGGAGGACUACCCCGACGUACCCAUCCAGCAGGUGGGACAGGUCGUGCAGUGCGACGUCCACUUUGGACUGGUGUGCAAGAACGAGGACCAGACGGGCAAAUUCAAGAUGUGCCUCAACUACAAGAUCCGCGUGCUCUGCUGCACCCCCAACUACAACUGCUCUAUCCCGAUCCCCUCGACCACCAGCCCUACCACCAGCACCCCGAUCACAACCACGCCGUCCUCCACCCCCGUCACCACCUCCACCUCCGUGCCCAUCACCGUCAGCACCACCAGUCCCACCUCCACAGAAAUCACCACAACCACCAGCCCCGCGCCGACCACGUCUACCACUUCCCCCUCCACCACCUCCACCACCACCUGUCAACCCGAAGUGUGCGCCUGGAGCGAAUGGUUUGACGUGGACUUCCCCUCCUCGGGGCCCAACCAGGGAGACUUUGAGACCUACCAGCACAUCCGCGCCGCCGGCAAGCGAGUCUGCCGGCAGCCAAAGCAGAUCGAGUGCCGGGCGGAGGACUACCCCGACGUACCCAUCCAGCAGGUGGGACAGGUCGUGCAGUGCGACGUCCACUUUGGACUGGUGUGCAAGAACGAGGACCAGACGGGCAAAUUCAAGAUGUGCCUCAACUACAAGAUCCGCGUGCUCUGCUGCACCCCCAACUACAACUGCUCUAUCCCGAUCCCCUCGACCACCAGCCCUACCACCAGCACCCCGAUCACAACCACGCCGUCCUCCACCCCCGUCACCACCUCCACCUCCGUGCCCAUCACCGUCAGCACCACCAGUCCCACCUCCACAGAAAUCACCACAACCACCAGCCCCGCGCCGACCACGUCUACCACUUCCCCCUCCACCACCUCCACCACCACCUGUCAACCCGAAGUGUGCGCCUGGAGCGAAUGGUUUGACGUGGACUUCCCCUCCUCGGGGCCCAACCAGGGAGACUUUGAGACCUACCAGCACAUCCGCGCCGCCGGCAAGCGAGUCUGCCGGCAGCCAAAGCAGAUCGAGUGCCGGGCGGAGGACUACCCCGACGUACCCAUCCAGCAGGUGGGACAGGUCGUGCAGUGCGACGUCCACUUUGGACUGGUGUGCAAGAACGAGGACCAGACGGGCAAAUUCAAGAUGUGCCUCAACUACAAGAUCCGCGUGCUCUGCUGCACCCCCAACUACAACUGCUCUAUCCCGAUCCCCUCGACCACCAGCCCUACCACCAGCACCCCGAUCACAACCACGCCGUCCUCCACCCCCGUCACCACCUCCACCUCCGUGCCCAUCACCGUCAGCACCACCAGUCCCACCUCCACAGAAAUCACCACAACCACCAGCCCCGCGCCGACCACGUCUACCACUUCCCCCUCCACCACCUCCACCACCACCUGUCAACCCGAAGUGUGCGCCUGGAGCGAAUGGUUUGACGUGGACUUCCCCUCCUCGGGGCCCAACCAGGGAGACUUUGAGACCUACCAGCACAUCCGCGCCGCCGGCAAGCGAGUCUGCCGGCAGCCAAAGCAGAUCGAGUGCCGGGCGGAGGACUACCCCGACGUACCCAUCCAGCAGGUGGGACAGGUUGUGCAGUGCGACGUCCACUUUGGACUGGUGUGCAAGAACGAGGACCAGACGGGCAAAUUCAAGAUGUGCCUCAACUACAAGAUCCGCGUGCUCUGCUGCACCCCCAACUACAACUGCUCUAUCCUUACCCCCUCAACCACCUCCAGCACAUUGUCUGUUACUACCCGAAGUGAACCUAUCUUUACCCCUCCUCUGUCUCACGUGUCAACUACCUCAUGUUUUUGCAAGAUUGGCGAUGCUAUUUUUUCACCAGGUGACUUGAUUUACAACAGAAUGGAUAGUGAAGGAUGUAGAUUUUAUGCCAUCUGUAGCCCAACCUGUAAUAUUGAACGACACGCUGUACAUUGUAAUGUCACUACUUCUCCAGCCACUACUUCCUCAGAGUGGUCCACUGUAACAACAUCAGUUCCUCUGCCUCCCACCACUUCAAGUAUUGUUUUUCAUGGUUGUGUUUCCCCUCUGUAUCCUCCAUUACAACCUGGAGAAAGAUUCAAAUUAUCCAACUGUACAGAAGUCAUCUGUAAUGGAGACAAUGACAUAGACGUAGUACCAACGUACUGCCCACCUGUAAAGGAAAUUACCUGUGCAAACAAAUACCCACCAAUGCUGGUACCUGACGACAAUGGAUGCUGUUACCGAUAUGAGUGUCAAUGUGUAUGUAGUGGAUGGGGUGAUCCUCAUUACAUUACUUUUGAUGGAACCUAUUAUACCUUCCUUGAAAACUGCACUUACGUCCUGGUGAAACAGAUUGUCCCUAGAUAUGACAACUUCCGUGUUUACAUUGACAAUUACUACUGCGAUUCAAAAGAUGGACUCUCCUGCCCUAAAUCCAUUAUAAUUUUCUACAAAUCUGCAGAAGUGCUGCUGACUCGUGAACUCAUGAAUGGUGUGAUGACCAAUGUGAUGUACUUCAACAAAAAGAUUGUCCAACCAGGCUUCAAAAAAGAUGGCAUUUCUUUCUCCACUCUUGGCAUCAACAUGAUUGUUGAAAUAGAAGAAAUUGGUGCUGUCAUCACCUUCAGUGGUCUGAUUUUCUCUGUGAAGCUCCCAUACAGCAAAUUUGGCAACAACACCGAAGGACAAUGUGGAACAUGUACGAACAAUAACAAAGAUGAAUGCCGCUUACCAAGUGGUAAGAUCAUUUCCUCCUGUCCCGAAAUGGCUCAUCACUGGAUUGUUGACAACAACAAGUCAUGCCAUGGAGUACCAGUAAUACCACCUAUAACCACACCUCCACCAAAGCCGCAAUGCCAAACACCUCCACUCUGCAAGCUUAUCUUGAGCGAGGUUUUUGCAGAAUGUCAUACAGUGAUACCACCAGAACCAUUUUUCAAAGGCUGUGUUUUUGAUGGAUGUCGCAUAGACGAUGAAUCCAUGCAGUGUUCCAGUUUGGAGAUAUAUGCUACAGAGUGUGCUGCUAGAGGUGUCUGCAUUGACUGGAGAGGAACAACCAACAAUACAUGCCCGUUCAGCUGCCCAUCAAGCUUGGUAUACAAGCCAUGCGGGCCCAUUAGUCCAGUUACCUGUGACCAAAGCUAUGACCGUCCUGGCUAUGGAAUAACUGAAGGCUGUUUCUGUCCUGAAGGAUUGACACUCCUGAGUGCAGAGAGCAACAUCUGUGUCUCUGAUUGUCUCUGCAGAGAACCAAAUGGAAUGUCCAGAUGGCCAGGAGAAAAAUGGACAAAAGAUUGCCAGGAAUGUGUCUGUGACAAAAAUACUCUUAUGGUGAAGUGUACAAAACACCAAUGUUCUCUGACACAGCAAGUAUUUUGUGAAGAACCAGGUUACAUGCCUGUUCAGAUACAGAUACCAGAAGAUCCAUGCUGUACUAGGACUGAGUGCUACUGCAACACAAGCCUCUGCCCUGACAUCACACCCCAGUGCUUAGAGGGACAGGAAAUAAUCACAGUAAUGCCACCUGGAAACUGCUGUCCUGUCCUUGAAUGCAGACAGGGCUGUGUAGUCAACGAAACCUAUUACGCACCUGGAGCUGCCAUUCCAUCAGGCCCCUGUGAAGAAUGUACCUGCUCUGAAUCCUCUCCCUCCGGGCCUCACCAGCCUAGGGUGACGUGCCAGCCUGUUAUCUGUGACACAUACUGCCCGCUGGGCUAUAAAUACACAGUGGAACCUGGACAGUGUUGCGGCACAUGCAAGGCAGCAGCUUGUGUAGUGACUGUGGGAGACAACUUUACACACGUGCUCCAUGAAGGAGAAUACUGGAAUCCACCUGGUGAUAACUGUACUGUUUACACAUGUGAAAAACAUGCUGACCAGUUCAUUCAAGUUAUCAAAGAAGCAAGCUGUCCUGCCUUUAACCCUGAUGAGUGUGAUCCAGAUGAUGUCAAGUUAUCUGAUGAUGGCUGCUGUCUAGUGUGCCAAAGAAUACCGAAACUUUGUAUGAAGCACAAUAUGACUACUGUCAUCAACUACAAUGGCUGUGUAUCUCCUGCACCUGUUGAGAUAACAUACUGUGAAGGCAGCUGUGAUGCUUACUCACGAUAUUCUCAAAUGACAAACACAAUGGAGCACAAAUGCUCGUGUUGUCAGGAAGUCAAGACCAGCAAAAGAAAGGUGACUCUGACGUGCAGUGACGGAACCUUCCUUGAUCACUCCUACACCUACGUGGAGAAAUGCAGCUGUGUGGGUGCUGAGUGCAUUACCCAAGACAACACCCAACAGCAGACACAGCAGAUAAAGACCUCUCAGGAGCAAGCAAAUGUCAAAAAUUAGAACUAGAGAGAAGUCCUCAAGCAAGGGCUGAGCAUAAGACUAAAUAAAGAAACUUCAUAAAAUACAAAAGUGUCAAGAGCAGCUAAAAUUUUGGAUGAACAGAUGAUGUUUUCUGCAUAAACUCAUAGUAUGUCUGUCUACAGAAUUUCAGUUUUCAUUAUCAAUACAUCUCCCAUUUUUUUUAUGUCGUUUCUUUUACAACUUGAGAAGUACAGCACAAGUUCAUCUUGACAUUUUCUGUUCAUUUGUCUUCUGAGGAGUGCUGGACUUUUUAAUAACAUUUUCAUUCCAGUUCACCGAGAAAAAUCAAAUGACAAAUCCAGAAAACAAACCAAACCCAAGGAAAACUGUUCCACUCUGCUUCUAUAUGUUUCUUUUUUGUUGAGGAAAACUUAGAGUGCAGAAAACCAUAUCUUUUCAAAACUCUAAACGUCAAUAUUUUGAAAAUUUAUGAUGGACAUAUUUCCCUACAUGUUUUUGUGAGGAAAAGGAAAAUAUCCUAUUGUGAGAAGCUGCUGCAUACUACUUUUUGUUUACAUAACACCAUCAGCAUAGUUGCUGUAUGAAAAUAUGGAUUUUUUUAUUGUUUUGUUAUGUGGUUAACUGUUUACAGAAGAAAUAUAUAUAUAUUUGCCAACAGAGGCAUAUGAAGGAUUUUUUAUAAACAAAAGUAUAAUAAUAAUAAUAAUAAUUGUAAAUUCUUUCCUAGGAAGCUUUAAAAAGCUGAACCACUGCUAUUUAUUAUUUUUUUUUUUUUGAAAACUGAUUUAUUGGGUCACUUCUUUCAGAAUUAAUGUUAUCCCAUUUCUUAGUCUCCGUCAUGUUGUCUGGGUAUGGUAUAUUUUCUUUUGUUUUUGAAUAUUAUUUUAUUUUUGUUCCUUAAGACACAAAAAAGAAAUUAUGAUUAAUAAAUUUUGAGCAUUUUACAGCA